GCAGUUUUCUGCAAGGUUAAAUAUGCUACAGUCUUCAAGAAGUUCUGCAAGACUGGCCGCAAAAAGAAUUUUUAAAAAACGAAUUUGUGGCCCAAACACUUUCACAAAAGAUGUAGUGCUACUUCCUGAUGCUAAUUCUGUUGUGGUUCCAAGACGAGGAACAAAGCAAUGGCUGUUUGACAGUGGUCAUGUGAAGAAUGCAGUGGAAUUUCAAAAGGACUGGGAUGCGAAAAUGAUAAUUGAGCAAUUGUGAUUAGUUUUCAGCAAUAAAAUUGAUUCAAGCAUACAAUUUGAAAUUCUCAUGGGUCUACAUAAUAAAGUUGUUAAACCAAACCUAGUGGCUGGACAAACUUUGUCUGGAUUUGUGAUAAACAAAGUAUUUUCUUCCAAGGUGUUGUACCUUAGACCAAACAAAACACUUCUUCAGUCUCCUGAUGAUAUUAUUGAGAAGUGUAUAAACACCUCCGACCAUGAAACAGAACACAAUGAAGGCAAACAUUGUAUUUAUGAAGAUUCUCAUUAUGAAAUGGAACACAGUGAUUUUGAAAAGCAACUCCAAGAAACAUCUGUUUUCCAAAUGACAAACGAUGUGGUUAUAGACAGAGGAUCACUGCCUCGUUAUGAGAAUUAUGAAACUACUUUGACUACUUUACAAGAUCAGCUGGUGACAGAAACUGAAAAAACGGUCCUUCAGAGUGCAUCUACAAAUGCAUAUUCAACAGUUGCUGUAGAAGAAAAUAGUCAGUCAAGUGAUCCUUAUCACCAGUACAUCAAUAUUUUGGAAGUGACCGAAGAUGAUGACAUAGAAGGGCCCAUUGUCUUCAGUGACAACUCUAAUGAUUCAUCAGGCGAUAGUUUCCUUCUUGAAGACAUUCUUCAAAAUUUGGCUGAUGUAAUUAGUGAAGAAGAAAGCAGCAUUUUUAACAUUAACAGAUCUUCACUGUGGGAGGGAGCAGUACGUGGAUUUAAGAGAAAUACCUAUUCUCCUAACAAACAUAUGUCCAUUAAAUUUACUGAUGAUGUUGGCCAUUCAGAAGGCGCUGUUGACAUUGGAGGACCUCGAGAGAAUUCCUGA